AUGACAUCUUCAGUCACAUCCCUGUCGAUGACGAACUCUGUGAGUAGUGCUACCCCAGAGCAGCAAACUCCGAUGACGGACGGCCUUCGUCGGUCCGUCUCUUUACUGUCCUCUGUUGAGAAAAGAAGCUCUUCUUUACCCACUGAUGACCUGGUGGAUGAGGCAGAGGAACAAUUCUCAUGGACAACGGCCAUCUUUCGUCGAAAGCAGAUUGUCCACCCUGACCCUGAUGCAACUGCGACUAAACGCUCUGUUUUUGAUGAGCCUGACCUUGCCCCACACUAUUGGCCCAAUAAGGAUUACGAGAAUCUCCACAGAUUCGAUCCAGCCGCUCGUUGGACGUAUAAAGAGGAAAAGGCCCUGGUCCGCAAGUUGGAUUGGAAGAUUAUGAUCACGGCAGCCAUAGGAUUUGCCGCCUUGAACUUGGACAGGAACAACCUCAGCCAGGCAAACUCGGACUCUUUUUUGCAGGAUCUUGGAUUGACUACAGAUGACUUCAACCUCGGAAAUACUGUGUUCAGGUUGGCAUUUUUAUGUGCAGAACUACCGUCACAGCUUGUCUCGAAGCGAAUUGGCCCGGAUCGCUGGAUACCAACGCAAAUGUGCCUCUGGAGUUUCGUGUCUCUGUCACAAUUCUGGUUGACCGGCAGGACCUCGUUCCUGGUCUGCCGAGCGCUUCUUGGUUUCUUUCCCCCUCGUCUUACAUUGCUGACCUUUCGAACAGAUUUUUACACGAAGACGGAGCUACCCGUCCGCCUCGCGCUGUUCUGGAUGACCAUGAACUUUUGCGCCAUCAUUGCUAGUUUUAUAGCCUAUGGCACACUUCAUAUGGAUGGUGUGGCUGGCGCUGCUGGAUGGCAAUGGCUGUUCAUGAUUGAGGGAAUCCUUACUCUCUUCAUAGGAAUUUUAUCUUUUUUCCGCAUGCCUGCGUCGCCAACGCAGACCAAAACAUGGUUCCGGCCAAACGGUUGGUUCACGGAAAGAGAAGAAAUCAUUAUGGUCAACCGAGUACUUCGGGAUGAUCCCACUAAGGGUGACAUGCACAACCGCGAGGGCCUUACAUUGCGCCGCCUGUGGACAGCAAUGUGUGACUAUGACCUUUGGCCAAUUUACAUCCUCGGCCUCAUGUUUGGCAUCCCGAACACUCCCCCCUCGACAUAUCUCACCUUACUACUCAGGGACAUCGGAUUCGAUACAUUUAACACCAACCUCCUUACGAUACCCUCUCAGGCUUUCGGAAUUAUCACCAUGUUUGUGACCACACUUGUCUCAGAGUUCGUCAACGAGCGUUCUAUUGUAUCAAUGAUGGAAGACCUCUGGACGUUGCCUUUCCUCGUUGCACUCUAUGCAUUACCUAGCAGCCCCAACCCUUGGGUAUUUUUUGCUGUGGUGACUGCUAAAUACUUAUCUCUUGUUCAGGUGGGGUGGUGCUCUCGUAACGCCGGGGCAGUGGCGAGUCGAACAGUCAACGCGUCGUUAUACAACAUGUUCGUGCAAGCGAGUGAAAUCAUAUCCGCCCAGAUCUACGUAGCCAGCGAUGCUCCCAGAUAUCGACACGGCAACGAGAUCCUCAUCGUCAUUUGCUGCAUCAACAUCUGUAUUCUGUACCCAGGUACAAAGGCAUAUUACAUGUGGCGGAACCGACAACGAGCUAAGAUUUGGGAUGCGAUGACGACAGAGGAACGUGCACACUAUCUGAGCACGACCAAGGAUGUUGGGAACAGAAGACUUGAUUUCCGUUUUGCGCAUUGAAGAUACGUUCAAUUAUGCUGCUUUAAUCAAUUCUGC